UGUUACCCUUCUGCGUUUCUCUUACAGUUCCUUCCUCACUCGAGUGACUCUGUAAUCUUCCUUCCCGACUUACCGUUUUUAACUCUACGCUAGCUCUUUCGAAAAGGAAAGCGAAAACAUGGCGAAUGAUCAGGCCAACGAAGAUCCACUGAAGAAGGUGUUUGUUGGUGGUUUAAAUAGAUCCACAUCAGACGAAACUUUAAAGACGUACUUUGAGUCUUAUGGAGAAAUGACAGACUGUGUAGUAAUACGCGAUGGAACCAAGGCUUCUAGAGGAUUCGGCUACGUGACUUUCGCUGAGAGAGAAAGCGUCUUAAAGGUUUUGGAAGAAAAACCUCAUACGAUUGAUGGCAAAACCGUGGAAGUAAAACGAGCUAUUCCGAGAAAUGAGGACAGCGCAUCAGCUCAUCAUAGAACAAAGAAACUCUUCAUUGGUGGAUUGAAAGACGAGACGACCAUGGAAGACAUCAAGCAAGCCGUCGCCGAGUCAGCACGCGGAAUUGCGCCAACUCUUGUGGACCUGAUCAUGAAAAAAGAAGAGCCAACAAAGCAUCGUGGUUUCUGCUUCGUUGAAUUUGACGACGAGGAUAUUGUGGAUGAACUUUGUUGCCUCAAAAGGAUCACUAUCUCUGGCAAACAAGUUGAAAUCAAGAAAGCUCAACCUAAAGAUGGUCAGGGGGCACGUUCUGGGGGUCGUGGUGGACGCGGAGGUGGUCGUGGAUUCAGCCAUCGCGAUCGCAGUGGUGGAGGAGGUGGACACCACGCAUAUAAUAUGUAUGGCGGUGCUGGAUACCAACAAUACUCCGAUCCGAGUUAUUACAGCUAUGAAGGUUAUGGCUACGACAAUGGCUACGGUAAUAUGGGUAACUACCAGCAAGCUCCUUCAAACUUUGGCUCACAGCAGGGUGGAUAUGGAAGAGGUGGCGGUCCAAGACAACGGUACACACCAUACUAGACAAGGUUUCGUUGCAUUUGAAGUCUUAAGUCAACAUAGCCAGACAUAAGUUACAUUAAGUCAGCCAGGACCUAGGCUACCAAGGAUUCGCUGAAGAAUUGCUGUUGCAGUCAAUCUACCAGUUAAGAUGCAGUGUAGGCUUCCUCCCAAUCACAGACCUCUUCGUGUAGACAGGACUCGACCAGUUGCAGUAUUUUAUUAGGAGUAGAAUUUUAUUCCAUACUUAUGUUUUUAGAUUAGUUUAUUUGUAUACCCAAAUCCUUGGCUGUUAUUAAAGUUUGUUAGGCUAAGAAUAAAGGUUUUGGUGCUACUCAGGAGUUGUUAGUUUAUUUGUGAAAGACUUGAAGAGCUUUUGUUUGUGUAUUUAUAUUCUUGUUAUAGUUAUGGUUAACUUUUCUUUUACCAACCAGUUACAAGGGAUAGCAUUGAGAAAUUUUCUAUUAAAUGUCCCACUUACACUUC